AAAAAGAUGAAUUCUCAUCUAUAUCGUUAAGAGAUAUUUUGGACAGGAUUGAAUGGUAAUGGUUUAUGCGAAGACUUUUGAGACAAGUGGUCCAAUUCUUCGAUGUGAGGGAACGGAAGACUCGGAGAAGUCAACCAAACCGACGAGUUGAUGUAAGACUUGCUAAGCCACAGCCCCAUUAGUGAGUUUUUUUUUUCUCUUCUUCUACUUAAAUAAAACUAGUGAAGCCAUACACCAUAUAACGUGCAACACAGACUUAUUUUCUUAAAAAACUGAUACGAUGAUCCAAGGCCAUUGUUAUUGCUUUUUUGGUAUCGUUACCAUCUAUUUCUCACUCCUAAUUCACAUCCUUGCUUCUCCUACACUCCACUUUUGCCGCCACAACCAGAGAGAUGCUCUUCUGGGAUUCAGAGACGAGUUUCCAACUGAUGAGUCAAACCUAAGUUCGUGGAGUAAGAGCAGUGAUUGCUGUCUUUGGAGUGGUGUCACAUGCGAUAAUAAAUCUGGUCAGGUGAUAUCUCUCAACCUUCAUGAAACACCUCUCAACAGCUCUUUGAAAACUAAUAGUAGCCUUUUUAAACUCCAAUAUCUUCAUCACCUAAACCUUAGCAAUUGCAAUCUCCAUGGUGAGAUUCCUUCUUCACUAAAAAACCUUUCUCAUCUCACAACGCUUGACCUUUCAGCCAAUUAUUUGGUAGGUGCAGUUCCAACUUCUCUCGGAAACCUACAUGAGCUAAGAGUUAUUUCCCUUAACAACAACUCAUUUCUCGGGCCUUUCCCUAAAACUUUGUUCUCCAUCCGUUCGUUACAAUCUGUUGAUUUGGGUGGAAACCAAUUCACUGGACCUAUAGAGUUUGUGAACACUUCUUCAUCUGAGCUUCAGUUUUUAAAUCUUGAUCAUAAUAGAUUCAAUGGCCCAAUCCCGGAAUCCAUAUCUAAAUUUCUCAACCUCAGACGGUUAUAUCUUAGCCACAACAACUUCACAGGGUCCAUCCCUAGAUCUUUAUCAAAGUUAGUCAACCUCACGGAUCUACAUCUUUCCAAAAACAAGUUGGAAGGCGAAGUACCAGGUUUCUUAUGGAGAUUGUCGACGAUGAUGAUUUGUCACAACUCUUUCAACAGUUUUGAAACUCCUUCACAAGAGACAUUAUCGGUCCAAGUGUUGGAUUUGAGUUCCAAUUCAUUCCACGGCCCACUGCCUCGUUGGAUCUGCAAUCUUAAGGGAUUAAGUUUAUUAGACUUGUCUAACAAUCACUUCAACGGCUCUAUUCCGACAUGUUUGAGGAACUCCAUUGUUUCUCUUUUGGACAUGAGUCUGCGCAACAAUAGUUUCGGUGGAGCUCUUCCGGAUAUAUUUGGUGAUGCUACCAAGUUACGAUCAAUCGACGUCGGUCUCAACCAGCUAGAGGGAAAGUUUCCAAAGUCGUUAAUCAACUGCAAAGCUCUACAACUUGUGAAUGUGGCGAGCAACAGAAUCAAGGACGAGUUUCCAUCUUGGUUGGGAUCUCUACCGUUAUUAAACGUUCUCAGCCUCAGAUCAAACCAGUUCUAUGGACCGUUGUAUCUUCCUCGUACGUCCAUUGGGUUUCAGAGUUUAAGAGUGAUUGAUAUUUCGCAUAAUGACUUCACCGGAACUCUUCCACCUCACUAUUUUCUCAACUGGCGUGAAAUGACUACGUUGACCAAAGGAACUGACUACAUGGUGAAUCCCACUAAGGUUUCUCGUUACAUGGGUUUAUUCCCGGAAUCAAUUUACCGCUCGAUGGAAAUGGUUAAUAAAGGAGUAGAGACAAGGUUUGAUCGAAUCCGACAAGACUUCAGAGCCAUUGAUUUUUCUUGUAACGGAAUAUCUGGAGAAAUCCCUGAAUCCAUUGGUUUCUUGAAGGGAUUGCGUCUUCUGAACUUGUCAGAUAAUGUUUUCACAAGCGAUAUCCCAAGAUCCUUGGCAAAUUUGACGAGUCUUGAGACGUUGGAUCUUUCGAGUAAUAAGCUAUCAGGUCAUAUCCCACAAGAUCUUGGUAAUCUUGCAUUUCUAUCGUACAUGAACUUCUCCCAUAACCUUCUCCAGGGUCCAGUGCCUCGUGGCACACAAUUUGAACGGCAAAAUUGUUCUUCAUUCUUGGGAAACUCUAGACUCUACGGCCUUGAAGAAAUCUGUGGAUCACUCCAUGCCGUGAGUCCUACAGUACAGCAAGCUGAUGAAUAUUCAGAGGAGGAGGAGGAAGAAAUGUUUAGUUGGGUUGCAGCUGUGAUAGCUUAUGGACCUGGUAUGUUUUGUGGAUUGGUGAUUGGACAUAUCUUCGCUUCACACAAUCAGGAACGGCUCACGGAAAAGUUUGGUCGAAGAAAACUCAUUCACCCCAAGUGCUCGUUAAGCACAUCUCUUGCACUCCCUAAUAAGCAUACCUAAGCAUAGUUAUACUACUGUAUUAUUCGUAUGUGUAAACUGAACUUUCCAGUUGUGUUCUCCAAAAGACUAGUUUGUGUUUGUUUGUAAUUUCUUAUUUUAUGUUUUGUAAUUAACGUAUAUUGAAAUAUCUUUUUUCAUUAA